GCUAUUGGAGCUAUUGUAAUUUAUUUAAGUGCUUGCCUAUCAGAUUCAGCUCUCUGGGAAUACAGUAUAUUUCUUGGCUGUCUGCAAUUGUUGAGAGAGGAGACUGGAGAGGAUGGACCUCACAUUUCCUUUAAGACUUAAAUAAACAAAUAAAUAAAUGAAAAUAAAUACCAUCACAAAUCAUGUUAAGGUAACAUUCACAACUGAAGGACCAAACAUUAAGGGACAUAUAAUGCUUCAUCAUUGAAAACAAACUCUUCUAAUUCUUCUGACAUAGUCAUUUAACUUGAGAGGUGUUUUCACAUAUAUCUGAAAAUUAUACAGCUGUGCAUUCCUUAAAAUCACAGACAGAGAGAGUGCGACAUCUCUUAUCAUCGAGUAGGUCAAUUCUUCUCAGGUAAUCACAGUCUGCGUGUUGUGCGUCUCCCAUACGGCCGGUGGCGCUGUGAGCCGGUGACGCUGAUCUGACCACCGCUGUGUUUCGUGAGGAAGAAGGAAUCGUUGAAAAACAGUGCGCUAUGGAUGAUUUUGAGGAUGAAUUGAAUAUUCCAGCGGCAGAUGUGGACUCCCCAGAGGAAGAAACGCCAAAUCAGGGGCGGAUUAAAGAACCAAUUCACCUUCACUUACCUCCAAAAUACAAAGGUCCAUCCAGAGAAACUGGCUUCCAUAAAUCCACCAGAAAUUGUUUGAAGAUUAUCAGAGAUGCAAUGUUGCAUCAUCGCUGGCAGGAGGCUGCAGAAUAUUUCUCCUCUUACACUCAGACACUGGAGGACACCACUGUCAGCAGACAAACAAUGGCAUGUGAGAUCAUUUGGAGACUUGGCACAGAAAUUCUGCAUCAUCUCCCUAAUGCCACCGCUGUAGAUUUCAAUGCUUUAUAUAACCAGACCAAAAACUCAGGGGUCAGAAACUAUGCUAAGAUCUGUUUGGAGCAUGUGUUUCAUCUUCUGCUGAACGGCCAGUUUGAUGAAGCCAAACGACAGCUGUCCAUCGCAGAGAGCUGGAGAUACGGCAAGCACUCGGCUGCUCAGCCCCUGGAGACUAAAUUCAUCCGCGCCUACUGCGGCUUUCUCGAUUACUUAAUCUGGUGUGACAAGAGACCCGAAUCAGGAUUAGAAGCAGAGGAUGUGAGCGAUAAUCAAGAGAUGCACAGCUACUUCAGACAAGCUUCAGUGACGCUAGGGGAAAUCAUCAGACAGCCUGGAAUCUGGGAUCCGUUUGUCUUAAGUUACAUUACUAUGCUGGAAUUUUACAACAAAGAGGACCAAGCUUUGAAGGUCCUGCAGAAUUACGCCUACAACACUGAUUUUCCAUCCAACCCGAACGCUCACAUCUACCUGUACCAGUUCCUCAAAAGACACAAAGCCCCGCAAUCUAAACUCAUCAGCUCAUUACGGAUUCUGCACUCUUUGGUUCCCAGUCAUGAACUGAUGCUGGAGCUCUGUGUUCUCCUAAUGCAGACAUGGUCAGAGAAGCAUUUAGAAGAAGCUCUGAGAGUUUCCAUGGACCUGCUGGAGUUUUCCAGUUGGAAAUUUGAAACAAAGGCUUGGAAAUGUCUCCUGAAAAUUAUACUGAAUCUCAAAGAGAAACAUUGCUUGGAAUAUUUAAAGAAGGAAUGGUCCGUCAGGAGAUCGCUGUGGUUAGCCAUGCACUUCAGAGCAUACAUUGGCAGAAAAGACUCAGUCGAGAAUGUCAAACUGUUGAAGAUCAAGACACAAGUAUUGAGACUUACGGGUGAAGGCAACAUAGCCUACUUUGGAAUUUCUCUGAAGGUCAGGAGACGCGAGCAAGCAGACAAGGCAUAAGAGAAGAAAUAGAUGAGUGCUAAAAGUUGAAAAUCUUUAGUUUUUAGAAAUCCAGGUUUCUUGCAAAUUGGUGUACCAGUUGUUUUGUAUUAUGCAAUAAUAAAUGUGUCCAUUGUGUGGCCAACAGUAUAGUAAUA